AUGAAGAGCAAGAGCUGCCUGGCGCAGCUGCCCACCCAGGCUUGGGAACACCGCAUCACCGAAAGGUCUGAGCUUUACAGACUCAAGAUCAGUCUUGGUCCAUAUUCCGCCAACGCAUGGAUCUACACCCCUGACCACAACGUGUUAAUUUUGGGCAUGGAGGAAGUCAACUUCGCAUACACAAACGUUUGCAAUGUCGACCGCACCGCAACUGUCUCCACAACUCUGAGGAAGCUUCCAUCCGAACUCAUCCAACAAGUCCUGAACCAUUUCAUCGACGACCUUCCCGGCGAUCAUGACAUAGACUGGAGAUCUGAGGACGAGAUUCCCAGAGACGAACUACCCCAGCCGUUGGACCCAUGGACAAAAUAUCGCCACAUCCCGCUCUUCAGCUGCCAGAAGCGCCGCAUUGAGCGCCACUACCGCGACCACUGGCUCAGCAGGAUCACGAUUUACCUGUACCUGGACCCAAACAUGUACAGCACCUCGCGGAGGAUGCUGUACUGUCGAUAUCUCUCCUGCCCCGAAGGCAAGGAUCUUGCAAUGGCGCUGCCAGAAGUUGAAUUCAAGGAAGGUGGGGAUGGUGGUGCCGAGGCAGACGCGGAGGAGAAGGUCACCUUCUUUCUACGGGGUGCAGUGCGGUCAGCUCGCGAAAACUCGAACGGAGAGACCUCGAAGCGGGAAUUCGGCAAUGUACCGGAAAUUCUGCCCCGUGUCGAGAACACGUGGGCGAAGGUGCUCAAGGGGAAGACAGAACGACUCGGCCUGACGCUGCGCACCAAGGAGCAGACUCUCGAGUCGGGACCCGAGGAUAAUUUGUGGACAAGAGAGAGCGAAGUCGUGCUGAAGAGUUUGGAGGUGUUGGACCAUGUUCGGCGGGUGCAGUUCAACUGGAAAAAGCUGAUGAGCAAGGUCUUGUUGAAGUUCGGAUUGUACAACGGGUACACUUACGUUCCUGAACCGGGAGUGGACGUGAGCGAAGAUGAGGACUGGAUGAUUGGGAUGAGUCGAAAUAAUGGGAUGAUUUGAGGACAAUCAGUGAGGAGAUGUCUAGGACACUGAGGAUGAAGGGCAUAGAGCGGCUGUAAUGAUGCGCGUGGAAGUCAUUGCGGAGGCAUAUGGGAUGGUUGCAACGAUGUACAGGGGAAUUGUUGGCUCGCAUGCCAGGUGACAAUUGGCCUUUCUCG